GACCCAAACCCUAAAGAAGACCUAACACAUAGAUAUUGUCUCAAGUAUUACAGCCCCGAAAUUCAUAAACCUAAACCAACAAAAAGUGGUAAACUUUUAGAAUAUAACCCCGAAAUAAUUGCUAUAAAAGAUAAUACUAGUGAUAUCAAUACCAAAGAAGAAUUUAAUAGAUUCAGUGGAUCAGAAGCAGAAGAAGAACACAAAGAAAUUUGGAAAAUGAUAAACUAUAUGUAUAGACAAAUGUGUAGACAAAAGAAACAGAUGGGAAUAAUAAGUGAAGUACUUGUAGACCAUAAGUACCAUAUUGAAGCAUUACAAAAAAAAUCUGGAAUAUCUCAAAAAAGUAAUACUUUACAAACUAAAGAUCAAUGGAUAAACUAUCUCAAAGAAACUGUACAACAACUUGUGGAUACAGUAAAUAAGCAUAAUCAGCACAUUGAAGAUCUUGAACAAGAAAACAAAAAUUUGAAAAGGAAAUUAAGUAAUUUACAAAAAGACCACUACCAAAACGGUUAA